UGACAUAGCAAGCGCGCCGAGCCGCAUGGACCCGGGGACAGUGCGUGCGGCGGAUGGAGGGUUUUGAAUCACUUAUUAGGAGUCUUAACUCUCUGCCACGCAGGACACCAUGGCAGUUCGCCUAGUGAAGCGAUGCACGUGCCUCCUGAGAGAAGCUGCCCAUUUGGCCCCUGCUAUGGCUCCAGCUGGCAGACUAAGACUUGCUAGGGUAGCCCAUAAGACUCUGACUUCUUCGGCCACCUCACCCAGUUCCCACUUCUCAGGUUCCUUGACAGAGCUGGUGGAGAAGGAACAAGUGUUUACUCCCUACCCAGAGAAACAAGAGGUAGACCAGCUUAUUGAGAAGGCCACCACGCCAGAGGAGCUCCUGGAGCUACUUGGUAGUGGUCACCACUUACACCACAACCAUGCAGCCCUCAUAAUCAUACAGCUCUCCCGACUACUGUCUGAAAAGCCAGAAGACAAGGCCUCACUCAUACAGGAUGACCGCUUUCAGAAACUUCUCCAUCUGGCCAACAGUAAGAUAACUUUGCUCUGGCAUGGGACCCUCGUGAGGCUGCUGCGGAGCCUGUACGCUCUGGCACUCCCCAGGGACUCCAAGGUGCUGCAGUCAGUAGAGCAGGAGAUCCGCUGGCGCAUGCGGAGGCUCAGUUACAAGCACUUGGCCUUCCUGGCAGAGUCCUGUGCCACCUCCAUGCAGAAGCAGUACUCUCAGGAGCUGCUGGCUGAUCUGCUCGUGCACCUGGAGAGGCGCUGGAUAGAAAUUGAAGAUGGCCGCACAGUGGUGGCCAUCAUGAUGAAGGUGGGACACCUCUCGGAGUCACUGAUGAACCGCCUGGAAGACAAGUGCCUGGAGUUGGUGGAGCAAUUUGGCCCCAAUGAGCUGCGGAAGGUGCUGAUGACACUGGCAGCUCAGAGCCGGCGGUCUGUGCCCUUGCUGCGGGCCAUCUCCUACCACCUUGUGCAGAAGCCCUUCCCUCUGACAAAAAGUGUGCUCUUGGACCUGGCCUAUGCCUACGGCAAGCUCAGCUUUCACCAGACCCAAGUGUCCCAGCGCCUGGCUGCCGACCUGCUGUCUCUCAUGCCCAGCCUUACACCCAGUGAGGUGGCCCACUGCGCCAAGUCCUUCGCCUUCCUCAAGUGGCUCAACCUGCCUCUGUUUGAGGCCUUUACCCAGCACAUCCUGAACAGAGCCCAGGACACCAUCCUGCCCCACCUGUGCAGCAUGCUGCUGGCUUUUGCCCGUCUAAACUUCCAUCCGGAACAAGAGGAUCAGUUCUUCAGCCUGGUACACGAGAGGGUGGGGCCGGCACUGACAGGCCUGGAGCCAGCCCUGCAGGUGGACCUGGUGUGGGCCCUGUGUGUGCUGCAGCAGGCAAGGAAAGAGGAGCUGCGAGCCGUCCUCUGCCCUGAAUUUCACACCCAAUUUUUAGGGGGCGAGUCUCCAAAGGAUCAGAGCGCCUUUCGGAAGCUGCUCCACAUCAACGCUACUGCCCGGCUGGAGCACCCCGAGUACACCGGUCCUUUUCUGCCGGCCUCAGCUGUGGCCCCAAGGCCCUCAGUCCCUGACAAGAAGGUGACCCCCCUGCAGAAGGAGCUGCAGGAGACUCUGAAGGGGCUGCUGGGGAGCGUCGACAGGGGCAGCUUCGAGGUGGCCACGCAGUACGGCUGGGUGCUGGAUGCCGAGGUACUAUUGGAUGCUGAUGGCCAGUUUCUGCCCCUGAGGGACUUCGUGGCACCUCACCUUGCCCAGCCAGCAGGGAGCCAGCCACUGCCCCCAGGGGCUAAGAGGAUAGCUUUCCUGCGGUGGGAGUUCCCCAACUUCAACAGCCGAAGCAAGGACUUGCUGGGUCGCUUUGUCUUGGCCCGGCGACAUGUGCUGGCUGCAGGCUUCCUGGUGGUGGACGUCCCGUACUAUGAGUGGCUGGAACUCAAGUCUGAAUGGCAGAGAGGAGCCUACCUCAAGGACAAGAUGCGCAAAGCAGUGGCGGAGGAGCUGGCCAAGUGACCUGCACGGCCAGGGGGCUGACUCCGCCCGAAGGCCUAGCCGUGGGCACUGGGCAUGCAAGAGGUGUCACCCUUGACAAACCUUCUCAGUGCAGGACCUUGGCCAGAAUGGGGACGGUGGCCAGCAGCUCUGAGGGACAGAGUGUCCUCUUAUGGGUAAUAAAUCUUUAAUUUUGGUGUUGGACACCAGGAGGCUUCCCGGGCUUUGUCACCC